CGGACGUGAGAGCAGAGCGGGGUACUGAUGCAUUUUACGGAAAGUGAGUAGAGAUCUUAGGCAGUUUUCCUCGUGAGUGGAUGAAAAAUCACUGUGGCUGUGCAAAAGUGAGUGCUGAUACGUCACCUGUGAUGGCUUGGUGUGUUUGGAUGUGACAAAGCUGAUAACUACCAAGGAAGAAGAACAACACGGCACCAACAGAGGGUUUCUUCAGGCAAACAGAGCAGAGGUAAAACCGACGAAGAGGAGGGGUGGAGAGAUGAACUAGAGGAGAGAGAAUAGCAGAGGAUAAAGUCAGAGAGAGGAAGAAGAGGAAAGAAGAAUAACGUGGCCAAGCAUGCGAGAGGAGGAGCCCUCCAGUGAUGACCACCCUGAGGGAGGGGUGGCUUCUGUUGAGGAGAACACGGGGAAAACGCCUUCCAACGCCUGUCCUGUUGUCGUACCGACACCAGGGAUCAAUGGACGUAAGCGUCAGGUGAUCGAUCACGUCAGCACGAUCACGCCAUCAGGAGAAGGCAAGGUCAAGCCAGGCGACGACAUCCACAUCUACACCCCAACCGGACCCAAAAGGAUCAAGAAAAGCCCCCAACAUCGGUCGCCAUCCUCAGGUCCAUCCCUCUCUCCUGUCCCUGGUCCAAGUCCUGGAAGUCUCUCCGCUCUGGAAGAUCCACAUGGCCAGCGCGUGAUCGCCAACAUCCGUGAACGCCAGCGGACGCAAUCCCUCAACGAAGCCUUCGCCUCGUUGCGUAAGAUAAUCCCAACGCUCCCGUCAGACAAACUGAGCAAGAUCCAGACCCUGAAGCUGGCGUCACGCUACAUCGACUUCCUGUAUCAGGUUCUGCAGAGCGAUGAGAUGGACUCGAAGCUGGCAGGAUGUAACUACCUGGCUCACGAGAGACUCAGCUACGCCUUCUCAGUGUGGAGGAUGGAGGGGGCCUGGUCUAGCAUGUCUGCGGGUCGAUAGCAUGAAAACGGUUCAUCUUCAUUACUGGGAGAUAUUCGUACUUGAUUCAGAGCUGAGGAGAUUUAUGAACUGUGUCUGCUGACGGGGGGAAAUGACAUAACCUGAUUCCUCAGAUCAUCUUCGUGCCUCGUUGAUGAUGGACAGACUCUCUGACUGAUGAGAGGAAGACUAUGGUAGCUGGGAAGCUCCUCCUUAAAGGACAUUGUCUUUUCAGAGUUGUUGAGCCUUAUCUAGGACGUUACUACGGGUACUUGUAAAUACUUGGUCUAAAUCAGCUACGACCACUCCUGAAUGCCAGUGGUCGGGUUCAGGACGAGUAUGCUAAAAGGGGAUUGUGAUUCCAAGACAUUUUUACUUUAGAGGAGGUGGAGUGGACCUCAUCUAUGAACUUUUAUCAUUUCAGCCUGACAGGAUGCCCCGUCUGAAAUUUCCCCUCAGUAUGACAGAUCAGCUCUCAUGUUCUGAGGCUUAACCUCUUGCUUUAACAUAAUUACCUUAAUGACCACCAGAUUCUCUAUCAUUUCUUUAGUUUUCAUGCUUGUUGUGAGCCAAAUUUAACCCUCUGGAAUCAUUACAGGCGUUUUUGUCCAAAUUAGUCAUUUUGAUUUUUGUUUUGGCUGUAUAACUAUUUAAAACAUGAUUUUGUGAGGAUGUUUUUUUUCUUAGUGAAUUCUAAUAUUCUGGUUUCAAUUAUCAAUGGAUCUAAAACACUACAGCGCAAAUUUAUCAAAGCCCUAAGGCAGGAGUGUCAAACUCAAUCACAGCAGGGCCGAAUCCUGAAUCUGGGUCCAACCUGAGGCCCAACAAUUAACUAAUAACUGUCAACCUCUCACCAGCAAUGAAUUGUGGGGGAAAAAACCUCAGCACUGAUGAUAAAUGAUUUUGAGAUUGAAAAAAAAGAAAAUGAUAAGU